UCAGCCCCACAGCACCACGUUUUAGUCUUCCUUCCUCCUUCUCGACCCCUCUGAGAGGGGCCUAGGAUUAGUGUCGGGUGUUCCUUAAUCUCUGUCUCAGCCCUUGCCUUCCGCAAUUGGAGCCAAAGGAGUGGUAACCCUAUGAACUGUGAGUUGGAAGUGGAAGACCAGGCAGAAAGGCAGGAUGAUUUCGGGACCCCAGUCCGUGGUGCUGCUAUUGCUCCUCCUGGAAUCCUGUCUCAGGUCAGGCUCUUCUGAAUACGACGGCUUCAGGGAGCGCGAAGGGCACCUCUACACCGCUGUUAUCGAGGUGCCCAACGGCGGACCCUGGGGAGACUGGACGUGGCCCGAGAUGUGUCCGGAUGGAUUCUUCGCCAGUGGCUUCUCCCUCAAGGUCGAACCCCCCCAGGGCAUCCCUGGAGAUGACACGGCCCUGAACGGGGUCCGGCUUCACUGCUCCCGAGGUGACGCUGAGCGUAACACUCACGUCGUGGAGUCUCAGGCAGGCAGGUGGGGAGCAUGGUCUGAGCCGCAAUGGUGUCCUGAUGGAGGCUUCCUCGCCGCUUUCUCCCUACGGGUGGAAGAGCCUAGGACUCCAGGAGACAAUACUGCUGUUAACAAUGUUCGCUUCCGCUGCUCAGGGGGCGAAGAAGUGGAGGGGCCCGGCCUGGAGUGGGGCGAGUUUGGGUCUUGGAGUGACAAUUGCUCCAAGGGCGUGUGCGGCCUUCAAACCAAACAGGAGCCCCCCCGUGGGCUCAGGGAUGAUACUGCACUCAACGACCUUCGUCUUUUCUGUUGCAGCAGCUGAGAUCCGUCACAAAUUGCUUAUUAGUAUCUCUCCCUUCCCCCAGAUCUCCCAAGUCCUCCUCAAAGCCUUCUCUAAAGGCAGUUUACUCCUUAUAGGGAUCUAAGUUUUGCCUUGAUCUGUCCUUCCCACCUGUAGUGAACCUUCCAUGAACCCAUGAGAAAGAGUUCCUCUUCCCAGGUGUUUGUGUCAGUUCAAGGCUGCAUAAACAAUUCCAAGAACUCCUGAGAACUGGUCAAAUCCCCUGUUCACAUUCUGGGGAGGAUUGGGGAGGAUAGGUUGUUUUUCUUGAGGAGAGCUUUAAAACUUGUGUAGCUGCACACAAUAAACAUUCAUUAUCCCUGCUUUGAUAA